UCUCACAACAUGUCGGCGAAGGAUUCCGACAAUCAGGAACCGUGCGGGCGGCGCCAUGGCCUCCGCCUCCGCCACCUCCUCACUGGUCUCCUUCUGUUCGUCAGCUUAAUCCUUCUCCUCAUCCUCAUUAUCUGGCUCGUCCUACGCCCCUCCAAGCCCAAGUUCUACUUACAAGCCAUCUCCAUCUACCAGCUCAACAUCACCGGCGCCGGAGGAGCAGCUCCCAACCUCCUCACCGCUGUCCUCCAGACCACCCUCUCCUCCCGCAACCCCAACGACCGCGUUGGAAUCUACUACGACGAUCUGCGCGCCUUCGCCGCCUUCAAUGGCCAGCGCAUCACCACCUCCGCCCCCCUCGCAGCAGGUUACCAGGGCCACCACGACGUCGCCGUGUGGUCCCCGUACCUGUACGGUGCCAGCGUCCCCCUGGCUCCGUACCUCGCUGCCGCCCUCGAGCAGGACCGAGCGACGGGGCUCCUGCUCGUCGAGCUCAAGGUGGAGGGGCGGCUCCGGUGGAAGGUCGGCACGUGGAUCUCCGGCCACUACCGUCUGCAGGCCAACUGCCCCGCUUUCCUAACGGUCAGUAACGGCGCCGGCGAGACACCGGCGUUCCGGUUCCAGCAGCAGUUGUCGACCUGCACCAUCGACGUCUGAGUACCGAAAUCCGACGGCGGCGGGGUGGUAGUAAUUAGCUUACUGUUAAAUUUAAAUUACGAAUGCAUUAAACUAAUAUUCGAAUUAAUUACUAAUAUUCGAAAUAUCAUACAUGUAGAGUUCAUUACUGCUCGAUGGCCGCUUGUUAUGAUCUAACUAAUAAAUGUUAU